CACACCAGCAUCUACCAAAACCCAAAUUAGGACCAUUGGGCAUGCUCUAAUCUUCGAUGGCAGAGCUAAUUUUCUGACCUCCAGAACUUCCCGCCAUCUCUAACAGGAGCCAGGAAUGGCUGUUCCUCCCAAAACCCUAAAGGAUUUCUUCCAGCAACCCGCGGCGAAGCGUCUCAAGAGAGUGUCUUCGCCCCUUUCAGCGCAAGGCGGUGUAUCUGCUUCAUCCCUGUCAACGACAGUCAUCUCCUCCGAGCAGAAGAUGAGAAUGGAGUUCAACAGGUCCCUCGCUUUGUGCAAGAAGAACCUCAAGCUUUGUUCGGACAAAGUCUCCAAAGCAACUGCCGCAGGAGUGGGGUAUGUGAAGUUGGAGGAGCUACUGGUGGAGGAGACAUGGUUAGAAGUGCUAUCCGGUGAACUGCAGAAACCUUAUGCGAAGACACUCUGUGAAUUUGUCAAGAGUGAAAUAUUACGUGGAGACGUUCCGAUUUACCCUCCUCAACAUCUGAUUUUUAAUGCGCUAAAUACUACUCCAUUUGACCGGGUUAAGGCUGUUAUUAUUGGACAGGAUCCGUAUCAUGGACCAGGCCAAGCAAUGGGCCUCUCUUUCUCAGUGCCAGAUGGCAUCAAAGUGCCUUCAAGCCUUGUGAACAUAUAUAAAGAGAUUCAUCAAGAUUUGGGUUGCACUAUUCCAACCAAUGGAAAUUUGGAAAGAUGGGCUGUACAGGGUGUUCUCCUGCUAAAUGCUGUUCUGACAGUGAGAAAGCAUCAGGCUAAUUCCCAUGCCAAGAAAGGGUGGGAACAGUUUACUGAUUCUGUAAUCACAGCUAUUUCCCAGAAAAGAAGUGGUGUUGUUUUUCUUCUUUGGGGGAACUAUGCCCAAGCCAAAUCACGGCUGAUAGACGAAUCAAAGCAUUAUAUUCUCAAGUCAGCACAUCCUUCUGGUUUGUCGGCACACAGAGGCUUCUUUGGAUGCAGGCAUUUCUCUCGUGCAAACGAGAUCUUGGAGAAAUUGGGUAUGUCUCCCGUAGAUUGGCAGCUGUAGUGCUGGCAGAAGACUAUUCACCUCUUUUGCCACAUGCCUGUUGUCGAGAAUGCAGCAAGAUAGCUGGUGCGUAGUUGAUUCUGUUCAUAGUUAUUGUAGCAUGGAUUGGUUGUGCUGCUGUUAACAUUAUCAACCAGAACACGGUACCCAACUCAGGCCUGUGUCUAAAUCAAAAUCAUGGCUUACACUGCGUAUGCGUACGUACAUGAUGAAUCCAAAGCAAGUUUUUGCUUUCACUGUUAAAUGAACAUCAGUUUAGCUGUAUCAUCCCUUGCUUGACCUGAUCUUGUUGCUCUUGCAUGCUUAAUAUGUCAAAUCUUUCUAACUAGACAUUCUUGGUUUGAGUGCCAUGCUAUGUUAGGUCUAGGUGGGUGCUCGCCUGCUUCAGUUGGGUUUUUUAUCUCG